AUGGCUAUCACGAGGUUGACCGGUCUCGUGAGUUUAUUGAUCCUGGUGACCUCGAGCCAAGCGGUGGAUGCCACAGAGCUCCAGUUCUCCCGCGACCACAACCGAGCAUCGCAUCAUAAUUACCAUCACUCCCGGCAUCAUUAUCACGGUAGUCCAAAAGUCCUGCAUGACUCCUUGAGGGCCGCCAGGACAGCUGAGGUAUCCCGGCUCCACCGACAUCCCCAUGAAGCAGAGAGGAAGAACCUGGUGAGCAAUGGGACGAGUAAAUUGGAGAAACUGAUUGCUGCUGAUCAGCAAUCCAUCCGAGCUGCGUAUCAUGAUGAUCAGCGGUUCAGACCUAGGGAGAGCUUCGGUGGAUUCGGCCUGACAUCUCCUCCAGUCUAUACUAAACAUCAUCCUGGGAGACGCGUUUGCUCGAGACAACCCCCACCGAACGUCAAUCACCCUGGCACGCAAAUUAGGUUCACGUACACUGAAAUAUCGACAUCGGGUUUCCUGUGUUGUCCUGGAUGGUCUCAAGUAACACCCACCAGUUAUGGUUGCAACAGACCCACCUGCGUGGCACCUUGUUACAACGGCGGUAUUUGCGGUACACACGGUAAAUGCAACUGUCCAAAGGGCUUCACCGGGACACAGUGUCAAAUUGAUGUGGACGAAUGUAUCACGGAAAAACCGUGUGCCCAAAUCUGCAAGAACGUGCUCGGUAGUUACGAGUGUCACUGCAGAUAUGGAUUCCAACUGCAACCAGACGGCCAGUCCUGCAGGAAGAAUGAUAGCGAUGGUACAGCUUUCGAGGCACGAGAUCUAGAGAACGACUACGGUAUAACGACAAGCACAGUACGACCUGAUAUUCAACCACAUGAUACUGAGAAUGACGUGGAUGAUGGAGAGGGCAGGGACUAUGGGAAUAUGCUCAAGAGGUUGACCAAACUGGAGAAGCAGGUGGCACGGGACAGAAAGCGGGAGAUCGAAACGAUACAACUGAACACGAAAAUCGGUCAGGCGGUCGAAGGUGUUGCUGAACUAAGAUUAGCAGCUAAAAACGCACUGCAUUUUCUACUGGAAACGUUUGGUCCUGUUCGCCAGGACGUAACGGAUCUGAAAAGUAAAUUCGAAAUGGAGCACAGGAGGAUUGAUUAUCUGAUCCAGCGGGUGGCUGAUCACGAUCAUCGGAUUAACGGCCGAUCGGGAUAA